GGAUGGAAUCUACAACAUUUUAUAACUCUUUUUAUGUUGUCUCUCCUCUUAGGAUGGAUGAGCAAAAAAGGAUGGGCAUGCCAUUGCCCAUCAAAACAAGGAGGAACUUCAUCCACUAGUAGAGAAGCAAAAGUUUGGUGGAAUUGGUGGGGACUUAUUUUGUGAUUUCGAGGUUACGAGAUCAAGACCCACUAACUACAAAAAUGCUUGGAGAGAAGGACUUAGACCUACCGGUAACCGGCUUCGCGGGCCCAUUUUGGUCCACACAUGGCUAAGCUCCUGGUGCGGUGGCGUAUCGUCAACUAACGAACUAGGGGCGAUUUGGUUGUUUGAAACUUUAAUUAAACUGAAAUGGCAGCUGCUGUUGCAUCACCGCCUUUGGAACUAUUAGUUCGAGACCUAGAAGGAUUUUCUAUUUGGACUGGUCCGCCAUUCGACAAUGGUCAACCAAAAGUCAAGAUACCUAAAGUUCCUUGUAGCAGUGCAACAUUUUCUGAGGAUGGCUCUAGAUUAAUGGUGAUUAAACCCGAGGGUGUCAUAAGUAUUUUUGAUUGCAAGACCUACAAAGAGAUCAGAUCCAUUCAAGUUCCAAACUUCGCUGCUGCAAACAUAUCACCUCGUGGGACUUACCUUCAGACAUUUCAGAAACAGGCGUCGCCUCAGGAGAAAAAUGUGACAUUAUGGAGUGUAGAGACUGGUGCUUGUGUGUAUAACUUUUCUCAAAAGAAUAUGAGUAAAACAAGCUGGCCUUCAAUUCGAUUCAGCUCUGAUGAGGCUGUUGCAUGCCGGCUCGUCACAAAUGAAAUACAGUUUUUUGAUUCUGCUGAUUUAUCAAAAGGAUUCGUGUCUCGCCUCAGAGUUCCAGGAGUAGCAGCAUUUCAACUUUCCAAGAUGCCUGGUUCACACGUUGCUACGUUUGUUCCUGAAUCCAAGGGAGUUCCUGCAAAUGUCCAGAUAUUUGCAUGUGGAAAUGACCCCUCUAGCCAGCCUCUUGCACGACGCAGCUUCUUUCGUUGUUCAACUGUGCAAUUACAUUGGAAUUAUGGCUCUACUGGUCUUCUAGCUGUGGCUCAGGCAGAUGUUGAUAAAACCAACCAGAGUUACUAUGGAGAAUCAAAAUUAAGUUACUUGACAACUGAUGGAGCUCAUGAAGGACUUGUACCUCUUCGUAAGGAGGGACCCAUUCAUGAUGUUCAGUGGUCCUACACUGGUACAGAGUUUGCUGUUGUCUAUGGAUUUAUGCCUGCUAAAGCUACAGUAUUCGACAAGAAGUGCAAUCCACUUCUUGAACUUGGCUCAGGUCCGUACAACACCAUCAAAUGGAAUCCCAAGGGAAGAUUUUUGUGCUUGGCUGGUUUCGGAAACUUACCUGGUGAUAUGGCUUUCUGGGAUUGCACUGAGAAAAAGCAGCUUGGAACAACUAAAGCUGAGUGGUCUGUAGUUAGUGAAUGGUCACCUAAUGGUUGCUUUUUUAUGACUGCUUCAACAGCACCACGACGUCAGAUUGAUAAUGGGAUAAAGAUUUUCCAACACAAUGGCUCAUUGUAUUUCAAGAAGAUGUUUGACAAACUAUUCCAGGCUGAUUGGAAACCAGAAUCAGCAGACAGGUUUGGUGAUAUUUCUGAGCUUGUGAAGUCUGUUGGUUCACUGAAGAUUGAAGAAGCCAAAGCACAAGGACAAGGGUCAAAACCUUCCCAGAAUGCUGCAAAAUCGAACCCGGUGAACCCUCCACAGAAACCUGCCGCUUAUCUACCUCCUAGUGCUAGGAAGGCGGCUUCUGUUAAGGCAGAGCUUUUUGGAGGAUUGGAUACCCAGGAAAUGAGCAAAAAUGCAUUGAAAAACAAGAAAAAACGGGAAAAACAGCGAGAAAAGAAAGCAGCUGAGGGCGCAUCUGGCAGUAAUCCUUGAACCUUAUUCGAGCGCUGAGUUAAUGUAUGACUAAAGCAGGAAAUGAAAGCAGCUGACAGUGCAUAUUCCGGAGAUUUUGCAUCAAGAGACAUCCAAGUUCCGGAUGGAGCCAAAAUGCAGGCUCUGGAUUAUAUAUUACCAGUAGCAGCAUAGUUUCUGGCUCUUUUGUCAUACAAAUGUAUUUUUAAGAUUAGGCGAAAUAUCUCACUUAGAUCUCUGCUAUUGUACUACAUGAUCAUUUUGUCCUUGAAGAAAUUUUGCCAUGAAUGUGAGGCUUAAUAGCAUUGUCAAAUAAGCAUAUAGCCAAAUGUAAGUGUAUAACUACCCCAUAUGAUUUUGUUUUACCAAAAGAAAAGAAACCUGUGAUUUUGAGUAACAAUCCUCUUCCA